AUGCGACUUACAUCCACUACCCAUUACUUCACCACGGACCCGAGCGAUGACAAACAUGUGGCGAGCUCCCAGGCACCACGGAAGCAAGACGGAGAGAUGCAGGAAUGCGAGGGAACACAGAAGAAAUGCGCCUCGUUUUUCGAACCCGAAUCUAUAGCAGAGUCAAAAACUAUUUCGCCUUCAAACGAGGACUCGAGCCCUGCCCUUGCCCCGGAUCAGAACAAUGGAGGACCUUGGGCAACGCUCCGCUCGCGAAUAGAGGAGUCUCAUCAAAACAGUGAGACAACGGAGACUGCCGUCUUAAAAAAGAGUGAGAAGGGCCCCAGCAUAGCCGCGAGCAACGAAGGUUCAGAAUCAACACCAAAGAAGGGAGCAUCAAAAUCCAAACGAGCAAAGAACAAGGCGUCGUUGGACGUGAAAGUCAUUCGGCCUCACAAGUUAAAGCUGCAGCCUGUGGAGGAAAAGAAGUCCCAACGGUCGCCACCGCAAUUGAGCUACAAUUUGGAUAGAGUGCUUUUCAAUCCCGGAGUAUAUCAUAUGCAGGAUCAUCGUUCUGGCGUUUUCAAUUUCGACCCAUGUUUGGCAUCCAUCAUGCCUGUCGAGGAGUUUGAUUUCGACGCAUUAAAAGAAUAUACGACUUCAUCAAGAGACUCUAAACUACGGCAGCUCUCUGCUACCCAUGGGCUUAAAUACUGUGGCUCAACCUCAAGCCUAACGUCCAUUUUGUCACACUUUCACUUUCUCCUUUCGGCUUGGAGGCAACCAAAUUUUGAUAACCUUUCCAAGUCGCUUACUCCCGAGUCCCUUAACUUUACCGCUCUUAGCCGUGGGCCGGCCGCAGCAUUCGCACACUUUCAAGACGGCGUUUAUGCAAUUGACGCAGACAAGGAGUACGAUACGGAGAAUAUUCUGAGUAUGCUGGGCAAGUCCAUGGAGAAAUUGCUCACGUUGCCAAGGGAGGAGUUUGAAAAAUACCGAAGGUCACGCUCCCAUCAACUGUCGGAAGAAGAAAAGAACGCAGAGGAGGCAUAUCAUUUCACAACUUUGGGUGACUUCAUGAUGCGGUCUCAACUCGACGCGCACGAUCCUCGAUUGCCCGGCUCGGGAAUUUUUGACCUGAAAACAAGGGCGGUAGUCUCGAUACGGAUGGAUGUAAAGGGCUAUGAAAAGGGCGUCGGCUACGAGAUCCGGGAGCGUUUUGGACAAUGGGAGUCGUUUGAACGUGAGUACUGCGACAUGAUAAGGGCAGCGUUCCUGAAGUACUCUUUACAAGUCCGCAUGGGCCGCAUGGAUGGCAUAUUUGUAGCCUUUCACAACACGCAAAGGAUAUUCGGGUUUCAAUACAUCAGUUUGGCGGAAAUGGAUCAUGCAAUCCAUGGCACGCAUGAUCCACGACUGGGCGAUGAAGAGUUCAAGUGCAGCAUCAUGUUGCUCAACGAUCUCAUGAAUCGGGCCACUCAGCGAUUUCCGGGGCGAACCCUGCGAUUGCAUGUCGAAACACGACCGACAAAGGUUCCUCUGACGUAUUUUUUCGUGGAACCAGUAACCGAGGAGGAAAUGAGAAAGACGCAAGAGGCCAGCAAGCCUUCAAUGGAGCUACUGAAGCGCGAAAUCCAAAGUCUCAGCCGUGAAGAACACGAGGCAGAGUCAGCCGGAGCCGCCGAGGCUGCUCAAGGAGAAGUAACAAAGCAUGAAGAGCCAGAUAAAGGUUCCGAUGACGGUCCCGCCAAUGAUCCACAAAAUGAGGACACUUGGAAGGAAAUGAUGUCAAAGGUUGAUGAAGCAGUCGAAAAUGAAUCCCUUGGAGUACGAUCGAUUCGAGAGGCGGUCCAGGAAGCGCUUGAACACAGUGGUCUGCUUCAUGGUAAGACGGAACUGGAGAGCGAGAAAUACUUGGAUGAGCUGGUUUCGGCACUCACGGCGCAUUCGUCUGAAGCUAAGGAGUCAAGCCAGUCUCAGGCUGAAACGGGCGAAGAAGUUGAAGAGGCAAAGGCCGGGGAUGACCAGCCCGACCUUGGUAGCUCCACGUUGGCCAACCUCAUUGUCAAGGUAACCAAAGGGAUCAACAAGAAAAGUACGAACUUGAGACCAUUUGAACGCAAGGUUGUCGACUUGGCCAUUGGAGCGAAAAGGACGGACGUCAUCUCAACGGAUCAAGGCGAUGCAAAGACGGACACGGACGAUAGCGACGUGGCAGGGGUGGCCGCCGAUGUGGACGCAAGAAAGGACGGGGGUGUUCCUGAAGAGCCCCGUCCGGAACUGCUGGGCAUGUACGUCAGCAUCCGCAACAAGGUCAAUGGCGAAUUCAUGGAGCGACCGUUUGGAGGCGAGAAGAAGUUUGACUGGGCUGUGCAAUAUACAGUGACCGAGUUGCCGGACAAGAGAGCGCAAAGCAUCUACUCCAAGAUUAAGAAGCGCAGAAGGGACGUUCUCGCCAUAGAUCCCGGUGUCCGUUCUGCCGACUGGUACCACAUGUUCCAGGGCAAACUACCCAUGAUGACCAAGAAGGGAGAAGAGUUCCGCGAGAAACGGAAUCAAAAGGAGGCCCGGAGCCCGGUGUACGUUGCGUGGGCCAAGGAGCCGCUUCCCCGGAAUGCGGGGAGCAGUUGA